AUGUGCACUCUUCUCUUUUGGAUUUGUCUGCUUUGGGAGCUCCUAAGCAUCAGCUGUCAAGACUUCAUUCAGGGACGUAUAGUGGGUGGCUAUGUACCAUCACCAAACUCCGUAAAAUACAUAGUGUCGUUACAAAACACUAAAGGUCAGCACUUCUGUGGAGGAUCACUGGUGCACAAAUACUGGGUGUUAACAGCAGCACACUGUAAUAACGGAGCAGAGCAGAUGAUGAUAGUGGCAGGCGAUUACUCACUGAGCUCAUUUGAGGGGACUGAGCAGUACUCCAAACCACAGUCCCUGAUCCCCCACCCACUGUACAACAAGAGCACUAACAACGCAGACAUCAUGCUCAUCAAGCUCAGGGUUCCCAUGGUGUUGAAUAAGUAUGUGUCCCUCGCUCCACUGCCUCGACAAGACACAGGGGUGAUGGCCGGUCGCAUGUGCACAGUGUCUGGAUGGGGCUACACCAGCCACAGUGGGGGUCAAAUGCCCUCCACCCUCCGCACUGUUAAACUGCCAAUUGUGUCCACAGCCAAGUGCAACAGCAGUGAGUCCUUCAAUGGCAAUAUCACUGCCAACAUGAUCUGUGCGGGUUACAAUGUCGGCGGCAGAGACGCCUGCCAGGGGGACUCCGGUGGCCCAUUAGUGUGCGAGGGCCGUGUCUAUGGCCUGGUCUCCUGGGGCAAUGGCUGUGGAGAUGCCAAGUUUCCAGGAGUGUACACAGCCGUCUCAAAGUUCCGCAGGUGGAUAGACCGGACCAUCUACAGCUCUUACACACGAUGCCUCAAGUACUGA